CGCCGCGUCACGAGUUAUAGUCGACCAAGGUACGAAGCGAAAACUGAAUUGGUUUGUUGGGCACUGACUGGCAUGUGCGGAGUCCGUCUCCGGCCGGGUCCCUGAACGAUUGAAGUUCUGACAGCUUUGACAUUUGAUCACGGACCUGUCACUACUGGGGCCCUGUAGGGAUUUUUUAUUAUCAUUCACUUUGCCCAACUUGACGGUUCAUCUGUCUGUCAGGAGAAAAAGAAAACCAAGCAGACACAAAGGGGAGGAUCGAUCACAAUCACAAACACGAGGCAGAACAGGGGAACUUGAAGGUUCUGUCAACCAUCGCUGCAUCGCUGCAUCUACCGCUAACAUGGUUACUGUCCAAUAUACUACUGUGCACUACCAUCAGUAGUAUACACUAUUGUACAAAUUUCUCCAACACGUCUCUCUUCCAAUGGCACUCUUGGCGACGUCUGUCGUUCUCGUGUAUCCCCUUUGGGUUUGUUACUUUUUUAUGCAGAGAUGGGAUCUUCCGCGCACUGCACUUCAGUUUUCAGUUCCCAAUCAGGCGUCGAGGACGACAACAGGGACAAAAACAUACGGACCGAGCGACCGACUAAAAGGGGGUUUUGUUUUCCGUCCUCGCCCUCUAGGGCUCGGCCGUCGUUUUCUGGUAUCGUCAAGAUAUCGUGGUUUGAUUCUCAAGGGCUGCGAGAUUUUCCAAGCAUGCAGUGGGUGGUGCUCAUCAUGGCGUUCUCAGGAUGUGCAUUACAGUACGUCGAGGCUGGUGGUGCGACGCCCGCCCGUGCCCCGCUGGUUUACGCGUACUAGUACCCUGCGGCGAGGCUGGCUAAGCUCAGACUGCUCAGGAGUCACCUUCAGAAACUGGGUGCGUCUCUCGACAUCGGACCGUUGAGAUACAGACCAUAGUCGUUCGCUCGCUCGCUCGCUCGCUCGGUAGCACACUCAGCUUCUGUGCCUCCUUUAUUCUGUUUCUUCCCCUUUCUCGAGGGUCUCUUGCAAUCUAAUCUUGCAGUCUUCGCUGUUAUUGUAAGAUCCAGCUGAUCCUCGAAACCCUCUUGAUGUUGAUGGGCUUUUUUCUUUCAAAUAACCAAUAUCAAAUCAGGAAGAGUCGAGUCUGGGGUCAUUAUGUCUCAGCUACUAGUCGAGGCGUCGUUCAUCCCAGACGGUCGAUACAAACAAAGACUGUACAUAGGUAGGUAUCUAAUAU